AAUCACAACAAUUACUUGUUUAGUUUAAAGUAAGAGAAAAAAUAAGAUUGUACAAAAUGUUCAACCUUAUCGCAAUUCUUCUACUGGGUGUAACUCAAAUUCACGGAGAUGCUGUUGAGUUACUGCCUACAGCCCAAGUAGCCCCAAUUGCUGUAGUAUCCGCUCGCAGUUCGCAGUACUUUGCUCAAACACACAACGCCCUUGCAGCGCCACUUGUAGCUCCUACUGUCCCAGUUGCACCUGUUACGAGAUACGUAGCUCAGGCAGCUCCGUUUGUAUCUCAAGUAACUCCAGUUGUAGCACCAGCAGCCAGAUUAGUCUCAGCUCCUUAUGUAGCUCCUACUUCUCGUCUUGUAGCAGCACCAAGUCCUAUUGUAUCAGCUGCAGCUCCUUUAAUAUCUGCACCACAAGUUACAUAUGCUACAAGUCCCUUUUUAUCACGGGCAGCUCCAAUUUUAGCUAGUCAAGUUUUACCAGCUACCGUUGCCAGACCUGUGGUUCCAGCGCAGCCAGUUAACCCAUCUAUUCCAGCUUCAAAUCCUGAAGAUUCAAUUGAAAUUGAGUCAGCAAGAUUGAGAGCUGUGCCUCAAGGACCUAGAGGAUCUUCACUACAAAAUUCGGCUCGUCUGCAACAGUCAAAUCAACCAAAAUCUAAUGCUGCUCAACUCAAUCAGCAAGUAUUUGGCAGAAUUCAGCAACAAAAUCAGUUAUUUAAGUCAGCAGAAUUAUAUCCUCAACAAAAUGGUCAAAACGAGAGAUUAUCUUCUGUGCCUGUGAGGUCAAAUAUUCCUCAAGGAUUUUUUGGUAGUUUUCAACCUCAAUUUCAACAAGAACAAUUAGGUGUAUUUCAACAGCAACAGCAACAACAAUUGGUUCGAUCUCAACAACAACAGCAGCAGCAGCAACAACAAAGACAAGAGAAUGAUGCCUCUGGGUCUCAAGGACCAGCUGGAUUUAAUACUCAACAGCAAAUACAAGGGCCGUAUUAUCAAUUCCUGUUCUCUUGUGUCUUGAUACAAUCAACCAAACCAACCCUUAACAAAAUGUUCAAGUUCGUCGCUAUCUUUGUCCUCGCCACCAUCACAUGCACCUUAGCUGCUCCCAAACCCAGCGUUCUCGCAGCGGCUCCCUUGCUAGCAGCUCCCGCUGUAGCUCCUGCUGUAGUAACCGCUCAAAGCUCCCAAGUCAUCGCCAGGAACUACAACGCUCUGGCCGCUCCCUUGAUCGCUCCAGCUCCUGUUGUAGCAGCCGCGCCUGUAGCUCCAGUUGUCCGAGCUGCAGCUCCCUUGGUAGCUGCUCCAGCACCUUAUGUAGCCAGUCCUUACUUCACAGCUCCAUACGCGGCGCAUUACGCAGCUCCUUAUGCUGCUCCUUAUGCAGCUCCUUUGGUGUUUUAAGAUAGCACGUAGUGAUCUAUUUUGUUGACUGUUAUUGUACAUAAAUUGUUUUUCCUUGUAAAUAUAUGCCUGAAAUAUUAUUA